CAAAUACCUAGCAUAUCUGGUAAACAAACCUGUUGUAUUUGCAUACCAGUCGCGUCGUAAACACUUCGCUUCGUAUAUUUAAGUUGUCCAGUACGUAUCAGAUCUGAGAGUGAAAAACUUGUCUGGGAUUCAAUAUGAGUGACUUGAAGUACUUAUCUGGCUUCGGGUCAGAAUUCGCAUCAGAGGAUCCGAGGAGACCCGGCGCCCUCCCUGAAGGUCAAAAUAACCCUCAACGAUGCCCUUAUGGUCUGUACGCUGAACAGUUAUCCGGGACUGCGUUUACCGCGCCAAGAAAUGAAAACAAACGCUCGUGGUUAUACAGGAUACGUCCUUCAGUAAUCCACAAACCAUUCAAAAGGUUAAAUACCGCUAAAUACCUCACGCACAAUUGGGAUGAACAAGAACCAGACCCGAAUCAGUCCCGUUGGCUUCCCUUCGACAUCCCGUCUUCGGACACUCCAGUGGACUUUGUCGCUGGUCUGCAUACAGUUUGCGGGGCUGGAGAUCCUCGCUCCCGCAAUGGCAUUGCCAUUCACGUGUUCCUGUGCAACACUUCCAUGGAUAAAAGUGCUUUCUAUAGCAGCGAUGGGGACUUCCUUAUUGUGCCACAACAGGGUAAGCUGAAAAUAACUACUGAGUUUGGUAUAAUGGAAGUAGCGCCCAAUGAGAUUGCUGUGGUUCAACUUGGCAUGAGAUUUGCUGUUGCAGUCGACGGACCUACUAGGGGUUAUAUCCUGGAAGUGUUUGAUGCUCACUUCAAACUGCCGGACCUUGGUCCCAUCGGAGCGAACGGCCUCGCCAACCCAAGAGACUUUCUCACGCCUGUUGCGCACUAUAUUGAUGAAAAAAUACCAGGUUUCAAGAUAAUUAGUAAAUAUCAGGGAGCAUUGUUCGUCGCGGAGCAGGGUCACUCUCCGUUCGACGUAGUCGCGUGGCACGGCAACUACGUGCCGUACAAAUACGACCUCAACAAGUUUAUGGUCAUCAACGCUGUUCUCUAUGACCACUGUGACCCGUCGAUCUUCACGGUGCUGACGUGUCCUUCAAACAAACCCGGCGUCGCUAUUGCUGACUUCGUCAUCUUUCCGCCAAGAUGGUCCGUCCAAGAGCACACCUUCAGACCCCCAUAUUAUCACAGGAACUGCAUGAGCGAGUUCAUGGGCUUGAUUGUUGGCGCAUACGAGGCCAAGGAAGGAGGAUUCCUGCCGGGCGGCGCAUCGUUGCACUCCAUGAUGACCCCUCAUGGUCCUGACGACAAAUGCUUCAACGGAGCCUCCAACUGCGAACUCAACCCGCAGAAGAUCGCUGAAGGCACUCAAGCUUUCAUGUUCGAAUCGUCGCUAAGCCUCGCCAUCACGAAGUGGGGAGCAGAGACUUGCCAGAAACUGGACGCCAAGUAUUACGAGUGCUGGCAGAAUUUGCCCAAACUCUUUUCUGACAAGAUUAAUGUGUGAAUUUCUUGAAUAAGUUUAACUACGACCGUAAAACGGGGCUUAAACCAGUGGAGUAGCAAGAUAAACAAAGGCCGAGGUGCAAAAAAUGGGCUUUGCGGCCAAAUGACCAAUGGCGGCCUUAAAAUACUCAAUUAACCUUUUUAUUAGGCAAUGUAGUGUCUGUUUGUCCUUGUGAAUUUGGUGUUCACAACAAAAAUCACUAGCUAUUAUUCACUGGCUCACUUCUACACAGUGUCAAACGCAAGCGCUCGUCUUAAGUUCAACCGAUUGACGGUCUCGACUUGACAGAUUAACAGCGACCCCCUCUACUGGUGUACGUGAGACAAUGUAUAGUAUCUAUUAAAUAGAUACAAACACUACAGGCAACAUGCUUUGUUAGAUAUCACAGAGUGGUGAUCUGAAAAA